AUGGCGACGUGGUGGAUGACAGUAAAGAGAGUUCAGCGUCUCGACAGUCUUGCAGAAAUCCUCCAACGAAGCCACUGACGUUUUUAAAUAUUGUUGCUGUAGUGCGCGAGUAUUAUCGCUGCUUUCUGCAAUAUAUACAUUUACGUUCAACUCCCGAUUUUUUUUUCCCAGACGAAACUGAAAAUGAGUCUUGAUCCCGCGUCUCUACGUAUAGAUCAGCGGUUACUCUAUUUUAUGGAUCAGCUGGAGAUUUUGGAAGAAAAAAGACAGAAACUUAACGCCCUCAUAGAGGAGGGAUGGUUUAACAUAUCCAAGGCACGUUACUCCAUGGGAAACAAGCAGGUUUCAGCCCUACAAUAUGCUAGCGAGAUGGACCCGCAUGUCUACGUGAACACAAGCAUAGAUAAAAAUGGUGUUGUGGAGUUCCAGUGUGAGCAAACUGAGCACAAAGCAGAAGAACCAAAAGAAAGCGAUACAGUAGAGAACAUGGGACCAACAGAAGGAGGCCUUAGGAGGAGAAUGAAUGUCAGACAGAAAGAAACUGAGGACGAGAGCACUGCUAAAGGGCAGCAUGAGGAGGAGCGUCAAGUCGCCCCAAAAGCGGAGAAAGCCCAGUGUCCACUUCAAGAGCCACUGAAAUGGUUUGGAAUCCUUGUGCCCCAGAAUCUUAAGCAAGCUCAGACUGUCUUUAAAGAAGUCAUCACCCUUUCAGCAGAGAUUUCAACUUUACAAAAUGUGAUUCUGGUCACCAGAGAGGAGUUGCAGUCUCAGAUGAAGGAGAAACAGAAGAUUUCAUUGAAUUAAAAGAUCACUAUUCACAUAUUAAACUUUGUUUAAACCCCUCUGUAA